AUGUCUGUUGUAUCUCGGAAGGAGGUUUUUGGCGAAGCGGAGGUUUCUGCCGAUGCGGGCCACAGGUAUACGUUUGAUCCUGGAAUCGAGUUUGAGAUCGUCGAUAUUGUUGAUGUUGCACCGGAGCCACAGCCUGAGACUAUAGAGACGUUUCCUUUAUUUUCUGGAGUAUCAGAUGUCCAGGUUAGUUUGGAGGAAAAGGAGUAUAAUUACGAGCUGGCGAAGGAAAACACCGAGCGGCCACGGAGCUAUUAUUAUGCGCAGUACUCCUCGCAGGAAAAGGCCGAAUUUGAGCAGGCUGCGGUGGAUGGCGAGGAAAUAAUCUCGCAGAGCAGAAAUAUCAUACCCAGCAAAUACAAACUUGUGGUUUUGGGCAGGCAACAAGACACCAUGAGACCUGCCAUAACAAGGGAUAAAACAAAACGGACCCGUCCUGGCAAAAAGCAGCGACUAGGCAGGAUCGAAGCCGCCAAACGGCGUAAAGAAGCAGAAUAA